GAUGAAAGUACUACCGGAAGUGCUGUUUGGAUUGCCCGUUGAGAAACUGAUUGUGGUUCAGCUGUACCCAAAAUAACCAAAUGGCUGGGAGCAGACUAGAGAGAAUUGGAACUGUGUUUACGCGGGUUCGGGAUCUAAUGCGCUCUGGAGUGAUAAAGCAAACCGAGAAACCAAUCUGGUAUGAUGUAUAUGAAGCUUUUCCACCAAAACGGCAGCCACUUUAUGUAAAACCUCAUACGAGAUCCCGGGUCAGGAAACCAGACCCGGUGCCUGAAAUCUUCUACACAGAAGAUCAAGUUAGAGCGAAAUUUUAUGAACAAUAUGGGAUGGGUCCUCGCCCUUUUGAUUUUUCCAAAUCAAACUUUGUCUCUACCUGUCAAAGGUUUGUAGACAAGUAUGCUGAGUUAAAGAGCCAAUCCGAGAUGGAUGACACUGUUCUGUUUGAGGAGACUGCAAAGGCUUUACUCGCAGAGGGCAUCAUACUGAGAAGGAGAGGAGCCUCAACAGUGGCAGCAGAGUCAAGGGAUCCAGUUUUGGGGCUGAAGCUGACAGCCAUGUUGGCAGAGCAACAGUCAGUUGGUGAUGACAGCAUGCAGGAGCCAGAACAACUUACAUCAAACACAACACAAACGUCGUAGACCUUUCUCCUUAUUUGGAGGCUCUGGUCACCUGUAGAAAUAAUAGCAUGAUCAUCGAGCAGGGGUUUGCCAAUGGCCUCAUACAGAAAGGUUGAAUGAAGUUGGGGACACUGAUAUUCUACACUUUCCUGUAAUAAACAUGGUAAAAAAUCAAUCCUAAAUUAAGAAAUGCUAAGUAUUUGAUUCUACCGCUUAUCCUGUUCAGGGUCUUUAAGAAAAAAAAAAAACAGUCUAUGUACACCACCAAUAAAAAAAAAAAAGAGCUGUUGCUGUUCAGGAUCCUAUUUUAUCUGGGAACUUCAAGUAGACAUCUUUGUGAAAUGUCACUUCAGAAAAAUCAACAAUGUCAGCAAGCUACCGUAUUUUCCGGACUAUAAGGCGCACCGGACUAUAAGGCGCACCUUCAAUGAACGGCCCAUUUUAAAACUUAAUCCUUAUAUAAGGCGCACCGGACUAUAAGGCGCACCAUUAAUGCAUCAUGUCAGAUUUUUAAUCCAAAUCAAAUCAUUCUCCAUUUUAUCUUUUUUAUUCCAACUUCAGAUGCAACAAAUGACUUUAUAAUCACAAAAUAAUGAUCCAUAGUCUUUUUGAUUCAGGAUUUAUAGUCUUCAGCAGGCCACUUAUGCUUGAUUUCAUGACACAAUGCUUCGGGACAGUUUGAAUUUAGGAAUUUAGUCCAUACAUAAGGCGCAUUGGACUAUAAGGCGCACUGUUGGCUUUUGAGAAGAUUUUAGGUUUUUAGGUGCGCUUUAUAGUCCGGAAAAUACGGUACUUACAAUAAUUUAUUGCAUACAGUCUACUUUGUCUGAAUAUCAAAAUGAUGGAUGUUUCAUGGAAUGUUGUGUGAAACUGUGGCAACACACUGAGAAUAAAUUGUAUUUACAGCA